GACCACAAAGAUAAUGAUGAAAUGUUCUAUUUUUAACCCUUUAGCUUCAAAGCCUGAUAGAAUAAUAAUGCUCUUAGCAAUAAUUUUCUUCUCUAUUUUAUGUGUCGUAAUCUCAUGUUAUUUUUUUAUCACUAGCAACAAGAAUGGCCUUUCAUUUAAAAGUGGUGAGAACACACUUCUAGUCAUUGCCCAUCCGGAUGAUGAGUCCAUGUUUUUUGCCCCCACCAUCCUUCACUGUACAUCUAUAAAAGGUCACAGAUUAGCCCUACUAUGUCUCUCUAUAGGUGAUUAUUACGGUAAAGGGGAAGAAAGGAAGGAAGAGCUACUCACUGCUUGUAAUGUACUUGGAAUCAGUUCAGAGUCCGUCGUACUAAUUAAUGACAAGGAUCUACCCGAUAAUCCCAAUGGGGUGUGGUCAAGUAAAAUCAUUGGAAGACACAUUGUUAGAGCACUGAGUCAAUACGAUAUUCAUAGGUUGAUUACUUUUGAUGAGAGAGGUGUAUCGGGGCAUAGUAAUCACAUUGAUAUUCACAAAGCAGUGAAGGCACUUGUUGCCAAUGGUGCUUUGUCUGGCAAAGAAGUCUUAUAUCUUCAAACGGUCAAUGUAGUUAUGAAAUACCUCUCAUUCCUAUCGGCCGUUUUAAUGUCCAACCAAAGAUGUGCUUGCAUUUCCUCAGUAAACAGAUGGUGCUUAGCAAUGACUGCAUUGGGUAAACACUCAAGCCAAAUGAACUGGUAUAGAGAGCUCUAUAAGGUGUUUUCUACUUAUUUAAUAAUUAAUAUAUUUUCUUUAAAAAGACACUGAACUCAACAAUGUAAUAAUAAUCAUAAUAAUAAUGAUAAUAAUAAUCAAUGAAAAUAAUAAUAAUAAUAAUAAUACACGUAUCAUUCUAACUUAAACACAUCAAAAA